UGUUUGAGCUGUGCUGACUUAUGGGGCGCUGUGGGUCUGGGCCGCUGCUGAGCCCCAUUUUGCCCCUCAGGUUGGCGGAGAAGAAGGCGUCCAUCGGCUACACGUACGAGGACAGCACCGUGGCCGAGCUGGAGAACGCGGCCGAGAAACGCGGCGACGACGAGGAGAGCGAGGAGGAGAGCAACACGGAUGAGGACGAGGUCAUCCCUGACAGCGACAUGGAGGUGGACGUGGACGAGCUGAACCAGGAGCAGGUGGCCGACCUCAACAAGCAGGUGACCACCUACGGCAUGGCGGAGGGCGACUUCGUGCGGAUGCUGAGGAAGGACAAGGAGGAGGCGGAAGCCAUCAAGAACGCCAAGGCGCUGGAGGAGGAGAAGGCCAUGUAUUCGGUGAGCGGCUGCGCGCCCCCCCGUGGAGCCGUGGGGCAGCUGGGGGUCGCGGCCCCCCGACUUGGGGGUCCCACGGGUGGCGGGGUUUCCAACCAAGGGAAGAAUGUUGAAAUGGCUCCAAAACUCGUUUAA